AUGAUGAGAGACGAGGAAGCAACUGAUGCCUUCCGUCUCCAACAGAUGGCGCUACCAUCGCCCGUCAUCUCUUCCAAUGAUGCAGGAGAGGCGCAUACGUCGAGUGCGUCGCCUGGCCGAGUUCCUCAGUCGUCCGUCGGAUGUAGAGGAGUUGUGAACGGAGGGUACUGCGGAGACGCGGAAGAAUAUAACACUCGCUUUGUUGACAAUCGUGUUGCAGUAGCAGUCAGUGCCGAAGAAAGGACAGGAUCGCAUGAUCAAAGCACCGCCGAUUCAUUCGGACAGAGUUUAUUGUACUGUGUUCCUUCAACAACCACUAGUAGUAGUACCUCGUGCGAGGAUUCCAAUUUCUCGAGAGGGGAUGCUUUUCGCAUUCCUCGUCGUUAUCCACGGAUAAAUCGAAUUUAUCGGAGUCGUCUUUGGUUCGAGGGUCGCCACUGGGGUACACCUUUACCCCGUGAUGCUAACCGCGGCCCCAACUCGUCCGAUGUGCCCAGCUCGAAUAUCCAGUUUCCGGAUCGCCCAGAAGUAGGUCAGGACACUUCACGCUUAAGCUCAGGUGGAAGAACCAAAACUUCUUCCAAGGAGAGUAGUGCGUCGGCGACUGCAGUGCAAGUCGCCGCGAAGGAGGUGUACAACAUUGGAAUAUUUUACUCGGAUACUGAUCUGUGCAAGAAGUCUCCAACCCUUUCGGAUUCUCCCCAUCACCACAAGCUGGACCAUGUGUGCGAGUCUGGCGUAUCGUCCGACAAACAGAUAGGUGACGUAAACUUGUCCAGCAGCAUGACCAGCCUCGGUGGAGGACUGGGGGAUGGGAUAUCUGUCCCCCAUGAACAUGCACGUCGUUCGUCCAACAGUUGCAGGAGUACGAGGCGUCUCACGACCCACACUCAGCUGACGCCGGAUACCUUUGCACCACCACCACCACUGGAUACACCGUCUUCGGAUACUAACAUCAACAACAACAACACGCUACCAGACAUCUUAAACUCCCAUCUUCCCCCGCCUUAUUCCACUCUUCCCCCAGUGACGGUGGAAAGGGGAGGAGGGAGUCGACGACUGCCCCCUCCGUCUCAUCCACCACCACCACCUCCCCCGACGACCGCCCCGGCAUGCCCCCACUUGACCGCCAACCCUCGCAGGACGUCCAGGGGAGGCGGCGGUCGCGGCGGGGCUUUCAGGGGGUUCCACCCGAGAGAGCGUAGUGGGGGGCGGAGGGGCGGCCCCAGCUUUGCAGGGGCGCCAGCAGCCUCCGAAUCGGACGAACCGAAGCACUGUUGUGGUGUGAUGGUGACACAAACUGUGAGCAUACGGUGGUUCAUUGUGAUGAUAGCCUUUGUGGGCCUUUGCUGUGCCAUAGUCGGCACUGUACUGGGUGCCCUGAAAGCUACAGGAAGAGAACAUCUCACCGUGUCCCUGCUCAUGAUCGGUAAGUACUUUUCAUUCAGUCUCAUUAUUUCUCAUUAG